CAAGCGGGUGGGUGCUGUGAAAUCUGUUAACAGGGGAGCUCUGUGUGUUUGCUGGCUGCCUUGGCUGCUUGCCCAACUUGGCUCAUUGUGAUCAAGGCAUGAUCGUGGACUCCGGGCAGCCCUCGCCGCCGCCUCGGCUGCCUCGCGUCUGGACCCAGCUUCGCUAUCAGCGCUGACAUGGAAAGACCUACACGCUGUGACCCAAUGCCAAGAAGGGAUCAUGAGAGGGACUUGGAACUGGACAAAAAGAUCGAGGCUCUUCGAAGAAAGAACGAGGCGCUCAUGAAAAGAUACAAGGAGGUGGAAGAGGACAAGAAAAGAGCAGAAGAAGAAGGAAUGGCGCUGCAGAGCCGUAAGGGCAAAGCUGAUGAUCUUACGAUCACAGUAAACAAGUCCACUUGUGUCAGUCGCGUGGUGGUGACCAAGUCCUUUAACAGUGGCUCACCUGCUGGGAAAGGACAAAAGGAAGUCGGAGCAGGCCGAGCAGAGGAAGCUACUCUGCAGCCUGCUAGCAAUGUCGGCAGAGGGCACAAAAAGCAGCUAAUCGUCACCAUGGCUGGCAAAAAGGGUAAGAGAGUGGUGUGUGAGAAACCUGAAAAGAGGCCAGAACUCCAAUGUCGGUCCGAUAUCAAGAGCCCAGCUGAUGAGGUACAAGCUGGCAGCGUGGAGGCAGCAGGGAUAGGAAAACAAGCACGUCACGUGACCAUGUUGGACAUUACAGCACAGGAGCUGGAAACCACAGAUCUGAACAUCCCCACGUCGAAGGAGGAGCAGGAGGAGUACCUGCAGUGGAAAAAGGAGCGCGAGAAGAUUGACAAGGAGAGAGUGGCCCGUCACAAAAACGCCAAGGGACAGUGGAGGCGGGCGUGGGACAUUGAUAAAACGGAGAACAUGUUUUCAGACAAGUCGCAACAUGACCGAGAUUGGGUGCCCCCAUGCAGAGGAGGACGAAGCUCUAGAAGAGGACAGCAUAAGUCCGGCGCUGACACGCGAGGUCAUGAGAAGCGAGGCAAAGACAAGUCAUCUAAAAACGUACAAGUAAUGAGCAGCAAUGCAAAAGGCAAGGAUCGCCUGACUGGGAGGGCCAGGAGAUGGCAAGAUCAAGAAGAAGGAGAUAACCUACAGCCUUCGGAUAUACUAUUGGAGGAAUUCCUGGAGGAACUUGAUGAUCUUACAGAUGCUGAGGCACUGGAGCAGAGAAAUCAGGACUCAAAAACAAAGCAGUCACUCAAUUCAGAUAUUUUAAAUACAUCUGAGGAAGUGAGCGGAUCCAAAGGAUUUUUGUCAACCUCGAGACCAGACACCUCCGUGCAGGAGAAAGUAGGCGCCUCAUCCCCGCGGGCUUCGGAGAAGAAAGUGCGAUUCUCACAGAAGCUGAUCCAGGGGGCUCACACAAAGCAAAUCACAAGCUCCCAGGAUUCCUCCAACUCUGAAUCUAGUCCAACAUUCUUAAAAGCUUCCUCGCAGAAAAAAAUCUGGCAUAAAAUACCCCAGCAGCAACUGGAAGGUGUCAAGGAUGAAGAGAGUGAAAAUGAAUGUACUAAAAAAGACAUCAGUGCCCCCAUGGAGUCCUGCUGCCCUCCUGCUGACAAGGCUGGCGCUUCUCUACUGGAAAGCGCUGUCCAUCCUGUGGAGCCCACCAAGUGUAACACAAACACAGAGGAAGCUAUUGACUCCCGUGUAUGCGUCUUGAACCUGGAAUCGGCGGAGUCGCACCCGGAACACUUUAGCUGCAGCGACAAGGCAAGAGAGCACGGGAAGAUUGUUUAACCUUUGUGGGGGAUGCAAAUACCGAAAGACUCAAAUAUGGAUGCUGCGAGCCUUGCGGUGUGUCAGCAUUCAACAUGUCGGAGUCUUGCUGCAUCCGAGCACUUUAUGAGCGCAUGCGUGGUGACACAUCGUGUGUUUGAGUGCAAUACCAUUGAAUGUUUACAUAUGUUGUAGUAUGCAGGUUGGCAUUGAAAUGAAACAUUAGUCUGUUUGUGCAGUGCCUGAUUCUACCCUUGGGCUGCUUUCAGUAAUGGGAAAAAGUCCGUACUGUUAAAAAAAAUAAAAAUGAAUCAGCAUUUUUCCACCCAAAUAGUGUGAGGCGCUAAUGCGUUAGCCGCUACUUCCAGCAUCAGUCGGUGGCCUUAUAGAACUCAGCUGUUUGUAGACAUUCAUUAUAAAAAAAGUACAGAUUUGACUUUUUUUUAGGCAAUAGAGUUGAUUUAUAAACUAACUACUGACAUAAACCUGCUUUUGGUAUGGGCAAUAUAAACAGAAGACAUUUUGUAAGUACUACUUGGAUGCACGGCUUGUCUCAUAAUGUACAUUUGCAUAUAUUACACGUUAUUAUGUGUUUACUUGGCUUAAACAUGUACUGUUCAAUUUGUUCCUAUAUUUCAAAUUGGAAACAUAAUUGGGUCAAAAUCUAUGGUCACAUUCAGUAUUUUUGAUGCACUUGAUAAAUAAUUCAACUUUGCACAUUUGUAGGUUUGACAGCAGGGAUGUACGAAAUAUUUUGGUCAUGCCUUCAAAACUAAGAUUUUUGCACUUAAGCUUUGUUUUUACGCAAUUUAAAUAGACAAUUAUCCAACUGUUUAUUUGUCCACUGAGGCCUUGAGGCACAUCUGGGAGGAAACCACUUGAGAUGCUGAAAAUAAAUCAAACAUGGCCGUGAGGGUUUGACAGGAGUUAAAACACAGCGAUUGAACCGCAGCUGCUCUCUCAUACUGUUGUCUUCAUCCUUUGUGGAAACAGAAAAAAACGAGUGACAGAAAAAAAUGACAAGCAUCUUGAGAAUGUUGUUGUGCCUUGUACAGUAGUUUGGCUUCAUCAGAUAUAAUUGAUCGAGUGUAUUCAUCGACAAACGCUUUGACUUGUAUAUCAUGAAUUGUAUUUUUAUUAUGUGUUUCCAUUCAACUGAUAUCGUGAUACCUUUUGUCCAAAUAUGAUCUUGGUAGAAGUAAAAAUGUUAUGUAACCAUUUUUACUGACACGCUGCAGGUUUUUUACAGCUUCAACUGUGGUAACAUUAAAAAAUAAUAAUCACUAGGUUUUUUUGGGGGUUUAGGGAAAAAAAAAAAUCUUACAUCAUGUCCUAAUUUGAUAAAGAGUGUAGUUGACGUUAUUUUCAACCCCCUUUGGGAGGUUUAGAAUAUUUAUUUUUAGAAGUUUGUCCCGCGCCAUUUUAUAUUUAGAUGUACUCGUAAUGCCUCAAAUAACACAUUAAAAAGAUGGCAGCCGUUUCCUUCAUGUUUGCUUAUUUUAUUUGAAUGUUUGUGCACAUUUAUGACAUAAAUAAAGAGAACUGGUUGCAAGGAGACAUGAGAAAAAACGAUAAAGCAUUUCUGUACUGCAGGCUUUUAUGUCUUUUGUGACACUCAAGAUUCAAUUUUCAUUGCAGCUCCAUCAGGUUGGUCACUACCCCCGCUCAUGGCGAAAGAGUCAAACUAAUUUAUAGUUUCUGUACCUUUAGCCAGAUGCACAUCAAAACAAAAAAAAAGCCACCAUACAAUAGAGUAACAGAAAAUGUAAUGCGCAUGCAUGGACUCGUCACGCCUAUUGACCCAACGAAUUCGCUUUCAUGUUAGAUUUGAUUAAUUUCUGAUGAGCUCUCUGUAGAGGUGCUGAAUUGGAAAACGCUCCCUCAUUGACUUACAGGUGGGACCUCCCUCAUGUGCUACUAUUUUAAUUAUCUCCUCCCGUGGCGGUCACCAUAGCAGCCUUGUGUCUCCGGGGACAAAACAUGUUGGCUUGCUGCAAAGCAUUCUUUACUUUCUAUCAAUGACAACAAAUUUGCAUGCAGGAUAUACUCCGAGUGCAAUUUGGCUGCAAAGGUAGCCAGAAUUCUGGUAUUCCAGAAAAUGACGCAAUGCACUGCAGUGGGGGUGUUAACAUAAUGGCAAUAGGUCCUGUAGGCUGUUUGAGGACUCAAGUGCAGUGUAGGAUUAUAUUAGCUGCAAACCAAAACAGAGAAGUCUGCUUGAGGAAAUUAUUGUUUCAAGGUCAACAAAAAAUCUUAUUUGCAUUGAUAUGUACGUAUAAUAUUGAAUAAUAAUAAUAAUUCUUUAAAGGCGAGAUGACCAUGCUGACUAAUUUGAUUUAAAAUUCCACUGUGGCGUGUUACCUCCAACCCCAGAGGUAACAGUCGGAGGCUCUUGAGGUGUUUCAUUAUACGCCACCAAAGUCAGUUAAGAGGAUUUGAAUUCUGUGUUGACGCUGCCAGAAUCUCAAGGCAGACCGACGUUCCCCACGGAGUCUGUGCGUCAUCUCUGGAUGUAACAACGAGACAGUUGGUGUCACCGAGUGAAACCCGAACCCAAACAAAAUGAUUUGAAGUGAUGCAAUAAAAUGUGUUUGUUUUGGAGACAUACUGAAUUGCACAUGUUGGUCUCAUUUGAUAGGAAUAUAUUGUCAAUAAUGUCAUAUUUAUUUAUUUCGUAUACAAAUAUAGAUGCAUAGAUUUAAUCUCAGUUACCCGCCCAUUUGUUUACGCAGCUGAUGUGAAAAUCAAGUCAGACUCCAAGACAAA